AUGGGUGAAUGGUCACAUGAUGGCAGAUUCUCAAUUCAUGACAACAGAAGUUCAGGAUUCUUCAGUGUGUUUAUCAGAGAGCUGAUUACAGAGGACACUGGAACAUACCGUAUUCAUCUGUCCUAUGAGAAGUCCAUCAGUAAGACUGUUCAUGUAGGAGGAGAUUUGAACAUCAGCUGUAAAUACCCAGGAUCCCUCAGGAGGGACCGCAAAUUCCUCUCCAAGAAGACGCUGCAACAAGCUGCUUGUUUUUAUAAAGAAUCUGUUAAGGAAAGUAGAAAGUAUGUAAAUGAGGGGAAAUUCUCCCUGUAUGAUGACAGAGCAAAACAAAUCUUCACAAUGAUUAUUAGAAAUGUAACUGAGCAGGACUCUGGUGAAUACUGGUGUGGAGUUGAAGCAGCCUGGACAUCUGAUCAUGGAUACAAGGUUUAUUUCACACAGAUCUACCUGAGAGCUAUUGGUCCUCGUGUCCCAGUUUCAACCUCGAAACCAACACAACCUUCAUCUCCGCCAUCGCCAUCAUUACCGCCAUCAUCACCGCAAUCACCACCACCAUCAUCUUCCCUUCCAGGAUUUCCAGCUUCCACUGUGAUCCUUUUGUCUGUAAUUCUGCUGCUGUUUCUGAUUGGAAUCUCAUUUGUCUUUGUGACUGUACAAAGAAGACACAAGAUGCGAGUUUUGUGUGACCUGUUCAUGGUACAGCAGGUAGAGCUGCUACUGGCAGGAGUUCUAUUGAAAGUUCAGGAAACGACCAUGGGUGGAGUUGGUGUGGUGAUCUGCGAGUGUGAACUCAGGAUGAAGAUCCUCCUCAUCUUCACCCUCUGCCUGAUCUCAGAUGGAGGAGCCUCCAAGGAAGUAACAGGAUAUUCAGGAGGAAAAGUCCUUAUCAAGUGCAAGUAUGAUACAGAAUACACACAAAACCCAAAAUAUUUCUGUAAGGGUUCAUCUCCAGGCUGUUCUGACCAAAUAAAGACAGGAGAUAAAAACAAGUGGGUAAAUUCAGGAAGAUUCUCACUGUUUGAUGACACCAAAUCAGCAGAGUUCAGGGUGAUGAUCAGAGAGCUCACUGUACAGGACACUGGGACGUACCAAUGUGCCGUUGAUAGACCUGCAGCGAAAGACAUUUAUACACCGGUGGAACUGAAGGUCAAGGAAGAUCUGUCCUAUGAGAAGUCCAUCAAUGAGACUGUUCAUGUCGGAGGAGAUUUGAACAUCAGCUGUAAAUACCCAGGAUCCCUCAGGAGUGACCCCAAGUUCCUCUGCAAGACGAGGCUGCAAAAAGCUGCUUGUUCUUAUAAAGAAUCUGUGAAAGAAAGUAGAAAGAAUCUAAAUAUGGGGAAAUUCUCCCUGUAUGAUGACAGAGCAAAACAAAACUUCACUGUGAUUAUUAGAAAUGUGACUGAGCAGGACUCUGGUGAAUACUGGUGUGGAGCUGAAGCAGACUGGACAUCUGAUCAUGGAUACAAGGUUUAUUUCACACGGAUCAACCUGAAAGCUACUGGUCCUCGUAUCCCAGUUUCAACCUCGAAACCAACACAACCUUCAUCAUCACCGCCAUCGCCAUCAUUACCGCCAUCAUCACCGCCAUCACCACCACCAUCAUCGCAACUUCCAGGAUUUCCAGCUUCCACUGUGAUCCCUUUGUCUGUAAUUCUGCUGCUGUUUCUGAUUGGAAUCUCAUUCUUCUUUGUGAUUGUACAAAGAAGACACAAGAUGCGAGGUAGAGCUGCUACUGGCAGGAGUUCGAUCGAAAGUUCAGGAAACAACCAUGGGGUUCCUCUUACUGUCUGUGAGUUUGAGGAGAUGAAAGACACCAGACGACUUUCUGCCUCAGACGCUGGAACUUCCACAGUUUACUCUACUGCUCAGCUACCAACAAUCUCCUCUGAUCCUCAAACCAUUGAUACAAACACAGAGUUACCCACAAGCCCCUGUGAUUCUGCUGUUUAUUCUACUGCUCAAUUACCCACAAUCCCCUCUGAUCAGGACAUCUACUCCACAGCUCAGUUACCCACAUGA